AUGCAAGAUUUAUGUCUUAAUGGGUUAAAUAAUAACAAUAAGCUUGAAAAUAAUUCUCAUAAUUUUAGCAAUUCAAGCUUUAAUAAUCAACAAGAAUCUAAUUUUCAAGGCAAUAAAGAAAGCUAUAAAUUUAGUAGUGCAAAUAAUUUAUUAAAAAGGCAAAAUUUAAAUAGCGAACGAUUGCAACCACUUCAUAACUCUACAAAUGUGGAUUACCAAGAAAAUAAAAAUAUUACAAAUAUUGAAAUAUCUGAUAAUAACGUCAAUGUUAAAAUGAAUUUGAAAAAUAUAUAA